AUGCUGCCCAGAAGACUCGCAUCCACCGUCUCCGUGCCCCCGACCCACAAGUCCCCCCGCAAGAUCGUCCUCGUCGGCGCAGGCUUCCUCGGAUCGUAUGUCGCCAAAGCUCUCAUAGCCGAUCCUCGUAACAGGAUCCAGAUCGUCUCUAGGCAUCCCGAGAAACUCCACAACCAGCUCAAAACCCUCGGUAACCAGAUCCUCGCCCCCUCUCCUAUCGACAUCACCUCGCCCUCUUCCGUUUCUGCCCUUCGCGAGACAAUGUCUGGUGCCGCGGCUGUCGUUUCCAUGGGCGGUCUGCUCACUGGUACCGAAGCGCAAAUGAAGGCGCUGCAAGAAGACGGGGUGAGGCGGGUAGCGGAAGCAGCAAAGGAAGAAGGGGUUGGGCGAGUGGUGGGGAGGUUUGCAACGUUGGCCAAGUAUCUCCCCUUUCUGCCUGUAUUUGGGGGCGGCGCCGUCAGGUUCCAGCCCGUCUACGUGGGGGAUGUAGCGCGAGCCAUCGAGAUCUGCUGUCGAGACGAUCCCGAAGUGACCAAGCAGGUCGGAGGGCGAGUCAUCGAAGCCGGGGGUCCUGAAGUGUUUACUUACCGUGAGAUCAUGGAGCUCGUCCUGCGUUUUAGCGGCCUGCAACGACCCAUCCUCUCCAUCCCCUAUGCUCUCGGCGCACUCCAGGGGUUCUUCCUUGAGAAACUUCCCGAAAACAUCUUUACCCUCACGCGAGAUCAAGUCACUCAGUUGCGCGAUGACAAUAUCGUGUCUCCCGUCCCACCCAUGUUUUCGCAGAGUUUUGAAGCAGUGUUGAAGGCUUUCCCGAGCUCGGCGCCUAGUAGUGCGCCGCCGGGAGAUGCGGGACUGAGAAGUGUGGAGGAGAUCCUGCCGCAGUACUUAGGGCCGAAGCAGGAGAGGGAGGAAGGGAAGCGGACGCACGGGAUGCAGAGUGCGAGCUUUGAGGAGGUGAAGAGGAUGAGUAAGAAGUAA